AUGAUGAAUAAGGAUGGCUUCCUGGGAGGGGUGACGGUGAACGCUGGGGAAGUGUUCUGCUCGGUGCCGGGCCGCCUGUCCUUGCUGAGCUCCACAUCCAAAUACAAAGUGACAGUGGGGGAGGUGCAGCGUCGCCUGUCCCCUCCAGAGUGUCUGAACGCCUCUCUGCUGGGAGGGGUGCUGAGGAGAGCGAAAUCAAAAAACGGAGGACGAUCUUUAAGAGAGAGAUUGGAAAAGAUUGGUUUGAAUUUACCAGCUGGAAGACGCAAAGCUGCCAAUGUCACUUUAUUGACCUCCCUGGUGGAAGGUGAAGCUGUCCAUCUUGCCCGGGAUUUUGGUUACAUCUGUGAAACAGAAUUUCCAGCCAAGGCAGUGUCAGAAUACUUGAACAGACAGCACACAGACCCAACUGAUCUGCACUCCAGAAAGAACAUGCUGCUGGCAACAAAGCAACUUUGUAAAGAGUUCACAGACCUUCUGGCUCAAGACAGAACGCCCAUAGGCAACAGCCGACCUAGCCCAAUCCUAGAACCAGGAAUCCAGAGCUGCUUAACUCACUUUAGCCUCAUCACCCAUGGCUUUGGCUCCCCGGCUAUCUGUGCGGCCCUUACGGCCCUGCAAAACUACCUUACUGAGGCCCUGAAGGGAAUGGACAAAAUGUUCUUGAAUAACAACAGCACCAACAGGCACACAUCUGGGGAGGGACCGGGUAGUAAAAACAGUGACAAGGAAGAAAAGCACCGGAAAUGA